AUGAAAACACGAUACGUUGACGUUGCCAAUCACAAGAAUACUUCCAGUGCUCGUGGGUGGUCCCAUCUAGUGCCAAAUGUCGUGGGAAACUGCUUCCCUCGAAAAUAUGGCAACGAUAGGAAGAGCGGAUCUGAUACGUCUGAUGGGUGUAGCGAGGAGGGGUUUGAAGUUGUCAAGACUACCGUCAGUGAGUCUCAGCAGCAGAGAGAUGAUCGAAAACGAGCAGAAGACUUCCUCCUCUUCAUGGAUAAGGCGAAAGCUCCACAGCUUGCCCCGUCUCCUCUGCUUAGCCGAUCGGCGGUUUCAACGGUAGCGUAUUCGGAUGAGAAAUACCAUCAGGAAAAAAAGAAGCCGUGUUCUGGUAGAGGGGGGAAGCCACCGUUGUGUACGUCCUCACACUUCCAAAAGGGUAAAGGUGUUCCGAGUCUUGAUGUUGGUGAAAAGCAUCCUGUUGUUGUUGGCCCCGUCACUACUAUAUGCCCCGAUGAGGCUGAUGAAAUUAUCGGUGAAACGUUAUGCGUGGUCCCACCUUUUCUGAAGGGACAUUCUUUGGCAAUCAAGAUUACAUUAAAUGAUAACAUUCCGAAGGUUGAUACACGAGACAGUCCUCUGAGCUUCUGUGUUGGGCUUUCUACAGGACCUCAACUCGAGCAAGAGAGAGGUAUAAUGAUAAGCUUCUGCUCCUCUCGUAGUGAGAUUACACAUAUGCGCCCGAGAAAGGUGUGUUCUAACACCGCGAACUCUCAGUCCACCGAAGUUGAAGCUGUAGUUAUCAGCGAAUCUCGAGUACUUUUCCAUGAAGAACGUCAUUACUGGAUCAUUUGGGGGGAGGGUUUGCUUUUUGCUGGUCUUGGCGGCAAUGUUGGAUCGCGCCUUUUAAUGGCGGCUGAUACUGCCAGCCCGGAGUAUACAUUCGGGUAUGGCGCUGGAGCCACGAGUGUGAGAGAGAGAUAUUCUACCGAUGAGGUUGAGCGCAUUUAUGUUGCUAGUCGCGGCCCUGCUGGGUGUGCAGUAGAAUGGCAACGAGUUGAAGUGAGCUCAUCAUGGCUCAACUCCCCUGACAGAUACUCUCGAGCUCUUGGUAAGACUUGCGGUUGGCGUACCGGAGCGCCAACGCCAUCACCUUACGAGAAGCCGCAGCUCGACAGAUGCCUCCAUCGAGUGAAUGAAGUGAACCUACUAGCAUGUAUAGUCGACUCGAGAGAGUGCGCUCUGGGUGAGGCUGUGCGUUCUCUGCUAUGA